AGUUAGUUCAUCCAAUUAUAAAUAAAACACCAAUAAGCACAAAUAAAAAAGAAGUCAUCUUGAUCAUAAGAAAAGAAUAAUGGAUGAUUUGGAAUUAGACUUUGGCCAAUUAGAUCACUUAUUGGACUUUUUUUCUCCUCCUCCUCCUUCUCCUUGUUCUACUAGUACUUUUCAUCAAAAACAAGAUUCAUCAAUUAUUUCAUUACAAACACAAAACUCUAAUGAUGAAAAGAAGUCAAUUAUCACCACUACUAUUAUUGACUAUGAUCGAAUUCAAGAUCCCCCUAAAGAGAAAGAGAAGAAGAAUAUCCUACGCAAAGAUGUUGAAAAACAAAGAAGGCGCGAUAUGGCUAAGCUUUACCAACGUUUGCGCCUUCUUAUUCCUUCCAAGUAUCUUAUGGGAAAGAGAGCUAUAUCUGAUCAUCUAGAAGAGAUUGUGGAUUAUGUAAAAGACUUGAAGGAGAACAUAAAGGAUUUGGAAAGAAAAAGAGAAAAGUUGAAAAAUAUUAUUUAUAGUGAUGAUGAUGAAGAUAAAAUAAUAGUGAAAUUAUGCAAUGAUCAAGUGGAAAUUUCAAUAAAGGGAGGGCUUUCUCUAUCAAAAGUGCUUAAAGUUCUUAUGAAAGAAGGACUUAUGGUUAAUAGUUGUGUUUCCUCAAUAGUUGAUCACAAUCUUCAUCACAUUAUUCAAUCUAAGGUGAAUACAAGAGGGGAUUUUGAUCUUACAAUGCUACAAUCCAAGUUGAUGAGUUUAUCGUAGGCAUAGUUUUCGAUUUUUUUUUAUUUUUUGAAUUUGGCACCUUUUUGUUCGGCACAUAUUUAAAUUAUUGUUCAUUCUAAUUUUCUUUUUGAACUUGAUAAUUUUAAAACUUUUACCAUGUGAACGUUGGCAUGUCUGAGUGUGAAUACACUUUCU